GAAAGUGUAUCUUCUGGUUGCUAUUGUGAAUUGUGGACUACGGAUCUGUAGAGAAAACAAACUGCACAGUCAGGAGUAUUAUCAACAGAAUCUGAAGACUCUAAAAAAUGCUCUUCAGGCUUGUCAUGGAUUUUUCUGGAGAAAAUAAUCUGUGAAAUUAUGUGAAUAGAGACCAUUAUUCAAAACCAUGGGGGAAAGAGAAAGAAGUCCAGAUACUGAUCGAGAAAGUAAGGCAGGCCGACACCGCUACUCUUACUGUUCAUCUGAUUUUGGAACUACUCCACAAUCUUCUGCCCGGUCAUCGCUGGUCAAUUCCUCUUCACCUACUAGUAUUAAGGGAAAAAAUCCCAGAAGACAAAUUUCAGAUAGCCAAGUUCAUCACCAAGCCCCUAGGAAACCAAGCCCUAAGGGCCCACCCAAAAGAAAGGGAGUCCGAGUGGGAUUUCGCUCCCAGAGCCUCAAUAGGGAGCCGCUUCGGAAAGAUACUGAUCUUGUUACAAAACGGGUUCUUUCUGCAAGACUGCUAAAAAUCACUGAAUUGCAGAAUGAGGUAACUGAACUCCAGGUCAAGUUAGCUGAGCUGCUAAAAGAAAAUAAAGCUUUGAAAAGGCUUCAGUACAGACAGGAGAAAGCCCUGAAUAAAUUUGAAGACACAGAAAAUGAAAUCUCACAACUUAUUGCUCGUCAUAACAAUGAGAUGACAGCACUGAAAGAGCGCUUAAGAAAAUCUCAAGAGAAAGAACGGGCAACUGAGAAAAGGGUGAAAGAUACAGAAGGUGAACUAUCUAGGACCAAAUUUUCCUUACAGAAACUGAAAAAGAUCUCUGAAGCUAGACACCUACCUGAACGAGAUGACUUGGCAAAGAAACUAGUUUCAGCAGAGUUAAAAUUAGAUGACACCGAAAGAAGAAUUAAGGAACUGUCGAAAAACCUUGAGCUGAGUACUAGCAGUUUCCAACGACAGUUGCUUGCUGAAAGGAAAAAGGCAUAUGAGGCUCAUGAUGAGAAUAAAGUUCUUCAAAAGGAGCUACAACGUCUAUAUCACAAAUUAAAAGAAAAGGAGAGAGAGCUGGAUAUAAAAAACAUAUAUUCUAAUCGUCUUCCAAAGUCUUCUCCAAAGAAAGAAAAAGAACUUACACCAAGAAAAAAUGCUGCAUGCCAGAGUGAUUUUACAGACCAGUGUACAAAAGGAGUACAAACCAGUGAAGACUUGGAGCUGGAAGCAUUUCCUCUAUCACCACAAACAGUUAUGUGUUAUGAAAACAAACGGGAAGAACCUGAACAUCUUACUUUGGACCUGGAAUCUCAAGAGAGGGAUGAGCAUGGAGAAGCAGGGCUUCUAAAUUCAAUUGUGGAAAGAGAAGAAAAGUUCGUUAAAGAUCAAGGACUCCAAGUUGUAAAACAAGAGGUUGAGGAACUGGAGGAUGAGUGGGAAAAAGAAGAGCUUGCUAAAAAGCAGAAAGAAAAGACAUCUUUGCUGGAGAGAGAAGAAAAACCAGGGUUGGAAACUGGAAGAUACCAAAUGGAAAUGUGUCAGAUUCAAAAUAUUGAUAAACUGGAAGAAGAGGAGGAAGAAAGACUGAAGAGAGAAAUGCUACUUGCUAAACUGAAUGAAAUCAACAGAGAACUCCAAGAUUCUCGGAAUCUAAAAUGUCCUCCUCUGCCAUUGCUGCCUGAUUUGGAAUCAAAACUGCGCUCCCCAGAGAGAAGCCCCAAAACACACAUGUUCUCUGAAUCCUCAGAGAGAUUGUUUAACGGGCAUCAUUUGCAAGACUUCAGCCUUUUAACCAAAGGAGAUGGUCAGAAUCCAGGAAAUAUUAGAAGCCCAGCCUCUCCAAAUGAGCUUACAUUUGGCAGCUAUGUACCUUCAUUUGCAAAAACAUCAGGAAAGUCAAAUCCUUUUAGCCAAAAAAGUGGCCUUUUGGAUUUCCAAAGAAACAGCCUAGAGAAACUUAGUAAUGACAGUGUAGAUUUAAUUACAAGAAAAGAGAAAAAAGCUAAUCUGAUGGAACAGCUCUUUGGUGCCAGUGGCAGCAGUACCACUUCCUCUAAAAGCAGUGACCCAAAUUCCCUGGCUCCCAGCAAAGGAGACUUUGACCCUCUCAGUUUUCUCCCUGGGGAUAAAAGCAGGAGGGGUAGAGAACAUGAUGAAGAUGAUGACUUUUUCUUCGGCGAAGGAAGAAGUUUUAAUCCAAAUAGACACCGAUUAAAACCUGCAAACAGUAAACCAGCAGUAAAAGCAGUUGAUUCUGUAGAAGAGGAAAUUGAAGAAGUAGCACUGAGAUGACUGACUAGAGUACACAUUUUUCCCAAUUGUAAAUAUUAAAAUAUUGUAAUACAGUAUUUAUUAUAAACAUUUAGACUUUUUAAUAUUAACAAGUCCUUACUAAGGAAUUAUUUUUAAUAGAUAGAGUGUAAAUAAAAAGAAGUAGAUCAUAUUGCACCACAUAGUUAGUUGGCCAGGAAUGAAAGAUUCUUUUGAAUGAAACCAAAAUCAGAGAUGUGUCUUACUUGGUUUUGACUUGUUAUUUACAAAUAGAUUUUCUCUCUCGAAUCAGCUGUAUGGGAAGUUUUACUCCAUUGGUGUUCAUAUUCUUUUCCAAUUUUUAUCCCUAUUUAUUAAUUAAUUUAUUUUUGGUCAUAUUCUCAUUGAGCUAAGUUCAGUCUUCCUGCUGAUUGUUGAAUGGCCAUUAAGAGUGAGAAGCUCUGUGUUGGAAAGUGUGGCUCCCAGGUGGUGGAAAACUGUCUUCUGUGCAUGGGGGCAGGGGCGCCUGUCUUACACGGCAAGGCUAAGCUACUCUUAAGUGGAAGCAGUGACAAUGUUGGGAUUUCCCAUAUCUCUGGAAGGAACCACAGUUAAAUGCUACUCAUUUCCCAGUACAAGUCUCAUCAAAUCACUUAGCUACAACUGUGCUAACAUAUUAGGUUGAAUUCAGAAGACCUUUGUCUGUUGGCAUGGGCAGUUCCCCUGUCCUGGCUCCCAGAGGCCUGGAGACAGUGCAGUCAGUAAUUCCUCUCCUUGUUCUCCUACAUUCUUUGUAACUCAGUGACUGGGUGUGAGAUUUCAUACCAAAUACACAGCAUAGAAGAAAUUUCGUCCCAAUAGAGGAUUUUCAACUCAAUUAUGUUUCCAGAGUAGUGUAACUUGGAAAUUUUAAUAUAUCCUUUUAAGAUAUGAACUUACUGUCAAACCAAAGAGAAAAUGAGAGUGUAAUACUGUUGGACUUACAGGACUAAUUUUAGAGCAACCUUGGUUGGAAGUGUUUUGGAGAUGGGGCUUUGCCUUGCCUGAGUAGGGUGGAUGGUUUGCUGUUGAAAUCCAUUGUUUUUUUGCUGUUUGUAGCUCCCUUCAGCUCACCUGUGAAGGAAUUAAUGAGCUUGGAAUAUGCUGUGUAUGAUUGGUCUUUAAGAAGCAGUAAUAUACCACCAACCAAGGAGAAAACACUUAAAAUGAAGAGUAGUAGAAAUUGUGUCAGGGGAAGAAUAAAAAAAAUGUAGAUUGGCACUUAUUUUAAAACGAGCUGUUGUUUCAAGAAUUUAUUAUGUAUUUGCUCAUAGUGUGAUUUCUGACACCGAGCACACAUCCUGAUGAGGGGAGCAGAAUUAGUCUUUUGUCUUGAGUUUUUAUAGAUGCUUAUUAUUGGAUAUAAUUUCACAACCAUUUGACCAGACUUACCUGGUUAGGUCUCUAAUUAAAAGAUGUACCACCUAUCAUCUUCUAAAUUGUGUUCUUGUCAUUUAUUGGGAACUGAAUCUCCCAAAAGAGCUAAACUAUAUUAAAAAAAAAGUUUAAUAAAGAGAUUUUUAUUUGAUAUAAAUAGGCAUUUAGUAUGUUGCAAAUCAUUCUAAUAUAUGUAAACCACAAUAUUAUUGUAAUGCGGUUCUUGAUAAAAUAUUAUGUAAUGUUAAUUUUGUUCAUAGCUGCUAAUUUUUCUGCCAAAAGUAUUCUCAUUUUUAGGUGGUUUUAAAGAUUUUUAAAAACUUUCUAGUUAAGUUUUAUAUUCAGGUGAUUUUAAUUAGUCUCAUGCUUUUUUUCUACCUGAUGUUUCUAAUCUCUUUAACCAGAGGCAACAAGACAGAAUUAUUAAAAUUAAACCUAAAGUGAAGUUUCAGACUUAGAAGCAUUAUGGUGUUAAGAAUUAAAAUUGGAGAUUAAAAUGUACAGAAUGGAUUUUUCUUUAUGAAGACCUUAGUGAGUGAAUCAUUUUUUUCUAAAUAUCAAGUUAAAUUUGCUAUUUGUACCCAACUCUUACUAAUAAAAAUUAAAAAUGCA